AUGGCGGCCGCUCCUGACACUCCGUGGUCUAAAAAGGCCUUACUGACACCUCUCUUCCCCGCAGAGACGCCCUACGGCAAGGUGCCCGUGCUGUACGUGGACGACAGGCCCCUGAGUCAGAGCGUGGCCAUCUGCCGGUACUUGGGGCGGACGCACGGCAUGGCGGUGGACGACCCGUGGGAGGCGGCGAAGGGGGACGAGGUCGUGGACGCCGUGCACGACCUGCUGCCGCACGCCGCGCAGAUGGUCUAUGCCAAGCUUGCAGGAGAUGUUGCAAAAGCAAAGAUGCUUGCCACGGAGUUUUACACAAGCACGCUGCCACCUGUCAUGAGGGAGCUUGAUCGUAGACUGGAAGGACGCGAAUGGUUUUGUGGCGAUAAGAUGACAUGGGUUGACAUCUUCGCUGCAUGUUACCUUAGUCAGCUCAGCACACAUCAUGAGAGUUCUUUGGAGGCAGUACCUCGGCUGAAGAACGUUGUUGACAAAGUGAUAAAACUUCCACAGAUUGAGAAAUGGAUCAAAGAACGUCCUGAUACACCGAUGUAGAGUUCUUAUUAGUUGAGUUACAUGA